AUGUCCGACUGGGAAGAGGACGAAAACGAGCCCGUAGCAAAACCUCCACCAAAACAGACCCCCAGAGGAAAUAUUGCUUUCGGUGUGCGGAACAGUCAAAAAUUAGCAGCUUUUAAUGAGCAUGUGGACGAUAAUUAUGGCGGCGGCCAUAGACGCGAGGGCCAAAGUCGCUCUUUUCAGCGGAGCAACGAACGAGGGCUCGAAGGAAGACGCCAAUUCGGGUCUGAAAAAUCUAAUUCGCCCGUCACUAUUAUCGUGGAAAAAUGCUCCGUUGGGAGAAUAAUUGGUCGCGGAGGGGCUAAAAAACGUGAAUUGGAGGAGAAUACUGGUGCGAGAAUCAAGAUCAAUGACGGUGAGUAUGAGGCGGAGGUCGUCAUCUUUGGACCUCCUUCCACCCAGGAGAAAGCCAAAGAAAUGAUAGAAGAGCUGCUCGCCAAGGAGAACCCUCGAGUCUAUGGCGGAGGCUAUGGAAAAAGAGGAGGAGAGAAUGCAGAAAGUGGUUCGGUGUGGCCCACCUCGCAGUUAGAUGCAUCUAAGGUGGCCCCGACCCGCAAGUCCAUAGACUGGAACAACAUUCGAGAAAACAUGCACAAGUAUGAAGAGAUGAAGUGGAAAGACCUGCCACCCAUGAAGAAGAAUUUCUACACCGAGGCUGAAAGCGUGGCCCUCCUCACCGCUGAAGAAGUCAAUGAUUGGAGGAAGGAGAACAACAACAUCUUUGUGGACGACCUGGUGGACGGCGGGAAAAAACGCCCCAUCCCCUAUCCCUGCCGGAGCUUUCUCGAGGCUUUCGAGCUUUACCCGGAAAUCAUGGACAACAUCCAUCGAGUCGGCUUUGUUAAACCGACCCCCAUCCAGUCGCAGGCAUGGCCUGUGCUACUUAGCGGGGAGGACCUGAUCGCCAUCGCUCAGACAGGAACGGGCAAAACCUUGGCUUACCUGUUGCCCGGAUUCAUCCACAUGGACGGACAGCCCGUACCUCGAUCGGAGCGCCAAGGCCCUGGCAUGCUGGUGCUGACUCCCACCAGAGAACUGGCCUUGCAGAUUGAAGAGGAGUGCAGCAAGUAUAGCUACAAAGGCUACAAAAGCAUUUGUAUCUAUGGCGGCGGAGACAGAAGGGGCCAGAUCAAUCUGGUGAAGAGCGGCGUGGACAUUGUCAUCGCUACACCAGGACGACUCAACGAUCUUCAAAUGAACGAGUACAUCAGUCUGCGCUCCAUCACCUACUUGGUGCUGGAUGAAGCAGAUCGCAUGCUGGACAUGGGCUUCGAGCCUCAGAUCAUGAAGAUUCUGCUGGACAUCCGGCGCGACAGGCAGACUGUCAUGACAAGCGCCACCUGGCCAGCAGGCGUGAGACGUCUGGCCAAAUCAUAUCUCAAGAAUCCCAUGAUGGUCUAUGUGGGCACCUUGGACUUGGCGGCUGUGGACACGGUGCAGCAGACUGUGCUGGUGAUGCACGAAGAAGACAAGAAGUCUUACCUGUUCGGCUUCAUCGGGAACCUGCUGCCGAUGGAUAAAGUCAUCAUUUUUGUCAGCAAGAAAAUCAUUUGCGAUGAUCUCGCCAGCGACAUGUGUCUUCACGGUCUGGCCGUGCAGAGUCUCCAUGGCGACCGGGAGCAAUAUGAUCGGGAGGAGGCACUUAAGGACUUUAAAGGAGGUCGGGUUCGUAUCCUGGUAGCCACGGACUUGGCGUCUCGCGGCUUGGACGUCCACGACAUCACGCACGUGGUAAACUACGACUUCCCUCGAAACAUCGAAGAGUACGUGCACCGCGUGGGCCGCACCGGACGAGCAGGACGCUUGGGAGCUUCCAUUACUCUGGUAACGAGAGAAAACUGGAGGAUGGCACCGGAGCUGAUUCCCAUCCUGGAGCGAUCGGGCCAGGAUGUCCCCGUGGAGCUAGUGCAAAUGGCAGAAAGAUACGAGAAGUUCAAGAAGGAGAAGGAGAUGUUCGCGGGUCCCCGAGGUCGAGGCGGUCGCGACGGAGGACGUGAUGGACGACGUGGGGGCGGAGAUCGCAGGCAAAACUGGGGAUUCUAAUCAGUCUUCUUUCUCCAAGUGAGUCAGUUCUCCAAGUACGGAGAAAUGUAUUUACAGUUUAGAGAGGUUAAUAUGUUAUAUAAAGAAGUGUACAUAUAUAUGUGCCAGAUUUGAUUUUCAAAACAUGGGCCAAGUCAUUUGAGAUGUUAAAUAUAUCAAGUAUUGGUUUGUCUGUAACUUGACCAGUUCACAGUCUAUAUUCUGUUCAAUAAAGACACGUUUUAUUCA